GCGAAGGUACGAGGGCGGAACAUGUAGUCAUAGAGCUAGGGUUGCACAUGUAACUACUGUUUCUCAAGAAAUGAAAGUAACCUACGCGCCUGACGUGAACACCACCUGUCAGUUUCCACCAUUUCCACGGACAACACGGACUUCUCAGCAGACAUGGCCACCGCCAGCAGCCUCCCAUGUGAAGAACAACUCCUGUGUUCAAUCUGUCUGGAUGCAUUCAAUGAACCUGUCUCCACUCCGUGUGGACACAACUACUGCAAGUCUUGUAUCACAGGGUACUGGGCCAGCACUGACCUGAUACAUUGUCCACUCUGUAAGAAGAAGUUCCGCAAGAGACCUCAGCUUCAGGUCAACACAGAGUUCAGAGACAUGGUGGAGCAAUUCAACAACAUGAAGGUGAGGGGUGAAGAUGACAUCCCUGCCAAACCGGGGGAGGUGCCCUGUGACAUCUGCCUUGAGCCGAAGCGCAAAGCCCAGAAGACGUGCAUGGUGUGUUUGGCCUCGUACUGCCAGACUCACCUGGAGCCUCAUCAGAGAGUCACAACCCUUAAAAAACACCAGCUGAUUGGUCCUGUGUCAAACCUUGAGGACAGGGUGUGUAAGAAGCACGACAAGAUGUUUGAGUUCUUCUGUUACACAGACCAGGCGUGUAUUUGUUCCAUGUGCCUGAAAGACGGCCACGCAACACAUGAAGCCGUCCCAUUAGAGCAUGCGUUCAGAGAGAGGAAAGCCCAGGUGGACUACAUGAUGUCAGAGAUAAAAGUGAUGGAAAACACAAAAUCCAGGAGUAUUAAGGAAAUCAAAUACUUAGUUGAACAGAGCAAAAGAAGGUCAGAGAAAGAGAUAGCAGACAUUUCUGAUAUUUUCACUGCUCUGCUGGUCUCUCUGCAAAAAAGCCAGGCUGAGCUGAUUGAGGUGAUCCAGGAGAAGCAGAAAGCAGCACGGAAGGAGGCUGAAGACCACCUGACAAAGCUGGAGCAAGAAGUUGCUGAGUUGAGGGGGAAAAGAUUUGAAGUGGAACAACUCUUACAAACAGACGACCACUUCAGCCUCCUGCAGAGCUGGCUGUCUCUCUCACACACUGAGGGCAUAUUUGACCCUCUGUCCCACUCCAUCCCUCCAUCUACACCAGACUUCUCUGACAUGAAUCAGCAGAGUUAUGUGAGGAUGGUGAAAAAAGCAGUGGCUCAGACAGAAAAGAUAGCCAGUAAUGAGAUGGAGAUGCUCAUUCAUGAGGUCAGGUUAUCUGAUGGUUGUGAGGCCACUGAGCAGCCCAAUGCAGCUGAAGAACAUACAACAGAUGAGUUUGUCAGAGAAGUGUGGACUCCACCUCAGGACAAGCUGAUGAUGAUCCAGCAGUGUCAUGCAGUAGAUGUGACUCUGGACUCCUACAUGGCCCAUUCCCGCCUCGUGGUGUCUAAGGAUGGGAAACAACUGAGAUUUGGUGAAGGCCUACUGCAUUUUUUUACAUCUUUAUUUUGGGCAAGACCUGCAGGCCAACCUUUAGUUCUUGGGAAAGAGGGUUUUAGCUCAGGCAAGUUCUACUAUGAGGUUCAGGUCAGUGGGAGUAAAGGUUGGGUACUGGGAGUGGUUAAAGAGCCCAAUAUCAAGGAGAAGGGUUUCACUCCCACCUUGAAAGAUGGAGGCUGGACACUUUGUGGCGUGUACAAUGAAUUCAAAGAGGAAUGUUUUGCUAACUCUGAUAGGUCCUCUCUCGUGUACCUGGGGCAAAGGCCUCAGACAGUUGGUGUGUUUGUUGAUUAUGAGAAAGGAGAGAUCUCUUUCUAUGACGUGGACGCCAGGACUCUGAUCCACUCCCAAACAGGAUGUGCCUUCAUUGAGAACCCAUCAGCUUUCAAAGCUUUUCUCCAUUACAUGACUGGCACAUCCUCAAAUAACAGACCAAAGCUCUACCCUGUUUUUGCUUUCGCUAAUGAUGACUCUGACAACAUGCUCAAAAUCACUCCUGUAGUCUGUGCAACUUAAAGCGGGGGAAGGCACUUUAAUUUGGCAUCACUGGGCAAAAAUCCCACGAUAAACUUGGAGCAUGUUUUAAUUUAAGUGGACUGAGAGGAAAUUAGACUUCUGCCCCUCCUCUUGGCUCUGUUGUUAGACUUUAGAUAAUCUAGGUUGUGACAGGAGACUUUGGCCACUGACAGGUCAUUUCAGAGAGAGGGCAUUUAUAUGGGCUGUUCUACAAAUGCAGAUGCGUUUCUAUGUCCCCUCAGAUGGCAAAAGCCUGAUUCAGUGCAUUUAAUUCUGCAGAGGAAGUUGCUAUUCCAGCAUUGGCAGCAGUGCCUACACUGCAAAGCAACGCUAAAAAGGGAAGAUGGCAUCAAAAAGAGGAAAAGAUUCUAAAAUUAAAUGAAACAAACCAUGUGUCAAUUGUGGCAAGAAGAUGUUGCUAAUAGUUCAGCCUUCUGCUGACAGUAGCCAAAGGCUACUUCAAAUUCAUGUUUAAGUAGCUAAUGUUAGCUAGAGCCUUAAAUCACAGUGUGACCUCCGCCUCGCUCCUCACCGCUACAGACCACUUAGCCGGGAGGAGAGCUGCAGUGGUCCCAGAGACAGACCCCAGCCAAUGGCUGCAGCAACUUGAGCUCAGCCAGUGAUGGGGGACUGGACUGCUCCAAGUCUAUUGCUGGUGUUACACAAGUUAGAUCCAGUGCUGCCGCUGCCAGAGACUGUGUCAUAUGAAUUAUCUGUGAGCUGUAAAUUCACCACUUCCAAGCAGAAAAUAGAAGAGCUGUCACUCCGUAGCAAAAUCUAGGGACCAAAACAUCCCUAGAAUGACACUGCACAGGACACUGAAUAGCGAAAAAAACAAAAAACAAACUAAGUCUUGACUUGAAGCAAUCUCAGUCAACUGAGGGGUCUCUGACUGAUGACUCAAAUCUUUGACUUUCAAGAGACAGCCCUGAUAAAUCAUGUAUGAGAUUACUGUACUACUGCUGUUAUUGGGUCACUGGAUGAAGCAUGAGGGAGAGCUGGAGGGAAAGGGUGUAUUUUCAAAUUCUGCUGUCUUUUGUUUGUUUGUUUUUGCAGGGAAAUCAGUGUGUAACUUCUACCGAAAAACUUUCUCAUUUCUGAUUUCUUGAUUCAUAUAUCCGCUCUGUUUGUUAGUACAACUCACUGCAAUAUAUCAAUUCUUUGAUUGAAUUCUGAGCUUUUUGUUUUUCCAGCCUCAUUGUAUAAACGUCAGAGAUUUUAACUGAACAAAGCAGGUUAGAUCUCUUACACCUGUCACUUGUUGGUGAGGCUCAGAAAGCUAGAAGGUACAUUGGUCAAGAACUGUAUUUAAGUUCAUGUUGCAAUACCUAAAUUUGACCAGGAGAUGGCAACAUUGUUCAACUAGUGUUCUGGUUUGUUUCUCUGGGCUGUUGCUGUUAUUUCUAUCAUUUGUAAUGCAAAAAUAUCUGGUUGUAGCAUCUCAAAUUUAAAUAUGUGCUGGUUUCCUCAGGCUUGUGUGAUAAUGAAAUGAAAUAUCUCUUUUUUUUUUUUUUUUUUCGAUUGUGGUCUGUGAGGAUGCACCAAAUACCCAGGUGACAUAGCUGAAUACCUGCUUUAUGGUAAGAAUCAGUAUUUUUGUUCAUCAGUGACUUCUUUGAAUUUGAGUACACAGUUGUGAGCAACUGUUGUUAAUCUCCUUUUUUGUUCUGAUCACUACUUUUUUUUAGUAAGCUUUUUUUUAAGGCAAAGACAUCUGGCACACUUGUCCAAAACAUAUCUGAUGAAUGAGCUUCAAAACCAGGUGUUUAUGUAUGCACAUGUGUGCAUCUGAUGUGUAUUAUACAGCUGAAUUAAAGUGCAUUUCUUAAAGAUGAA